CUGCCCCAUGGCUCCACGACGCCUGCCUGCUUGCCUCCUCGAGUGACGAGCACAUACUUACGUACCUUACACUCCUCUUUCCUUCUGCAUCUUUGUCGCCGUCGUCGUCUUCGUAGGAAGAGCACACAUCUUUUGUCGUCGUUAUCGUUGUUGCUGCAUUCUCGAGGCCCCCUCCCGCCUCUCCUCUGUGGUAUUUCCACCCUUGCACCAGACCCUCUGUGCUGGAUACCGUCUGCACACGCCAGCCACUCGUGCAGCGCCGCAGCCCGCCCGCCGGUGACGUCCUCUCCCAUGGCCGACCGAACGCACCUGAAGAAGAUUGCCAUUGUGGGCAGUGGCUCGGCAGGCGUCGCCGCGCUCUGGGCUCUCAACCGCACUCACCACGAUGUCUAUCUCUACGAGGCCUCUGACCGCCUGGGUGGGCACGUCAACACGGUAGAGUGGAAGCAGGGCAAAUUCAGGACUUUGCUCGACACCGGCUUCGUCGUCUUCAACAAGGCUGCAUCUCCCAAUUUCAUGAGCUUUCUCAACAAGCUGAGCCUCGGGACAGUACACACUCCUGUAACCUCGAGUGUGUCUAGGGACCGCGGCGCAUUCGAAUGGGCGGGAGCGGGAGCGGGUUUUAGGGCCAUCUUCUCUCAGAGGUUGAACCUACUGUCACUUCGCAUGUGGAGGAUGCUCUUCGAUAUAGUGCGGUUCAGCCAGUUUGCGUCGGACCUGCUGAGAGAGGACGAUCACCGCAAGGGCAGUGCAAGCUAUGACGAGACGAUCGGGCAGUAUCUGGACCGCGAAGGGUACUCAGACGCCUUCCGCGACGAAUAUCUGCUGCCCCUCGCGGCCGGUUUGUGGAGUACAAGUCCCGAGAAGUGUGCUUUUGAGCUUCCAGUCGUCAUGCUGGUUCGUUACAUGUGGAACCAUGGCCUCCUCGACGUCUCUGGCAACUCCACUCAAUGGGCGACCCUCGAAAACGGCUCGCGAUCAUAUGUGGAUGCUGUGCUCAAAGGCUUCCCGCCGAACCACCUGUUCCUGAAAACGGCAGUGAAACACGUCAGCAACACGGAUGACGGUCGCGUCAAUCUGCACCUGGAAAAUGGGCGGACAGACAUGUACGAUCACGUCAUUCUGGCCACGCAUGGCGACCAGGCAUAUCAAAUCAUCUCGCCCUCGGCUACCGAGGAGGAAAAGUCCAUCUUGUCCAGGCUCAAGACGCAGGAGACCAUCUGUGUACUUCAUGCGGACACAUCGCUCAUGCCGAAGCGGCGGAGAGCUUGGGCCGCGCUGAACCACUCGACAAUGACGUCGCGCUGGUCAAGCAGGGAGAUUGAAAAGGUGUCAUUGACGUAUGACAUGAACCAGCUGCAGCGAGUCCCGCGGGAGGCGUUCGGCAAUGUAUUUGUCACUGUCAAUCCGUUGCACGAGCCCAAAGCUGCGUUAGUUCAGGGACGGUGUUCCUAUUCGAACCCCGUGUAUGACCAGGCGACACUCCGAGCACUCGAUCUGUUGCCGAGGAUCCAGAACAAGCGCGGAAUCAGCUACGUCGGUGCGUGGACUAGACACGGCUUCCACGAGGACGGCUUCACCAGCGGGCUGCACGUGGCCAAGACUCAUCUGGGUGCGAGGCUGCCAUUUGAUCUGAUCGACCCGGCAUAUGUGCGCGGGAGAUACCCGCGAAUUGGCAUCGUGGACUACAUCAUAAGGAUACUCCUUUUGAUUGUGCAAGUCUUUGUGAUAGACUUGGUGGAGAGAGUGUCACGGAAAUAUCGGACGACCAAGCCCAUGCUGAAUGGUCGGGGGAGGCACAAACGAGGUAUUAGCGAAAAGCUUGCCUGAACAAAAGCGAUAAUUAUGUUGAAUAAGGACCAAGAGAAAGUAGAGGAGCAUCUUGACAUAUUGAAUGUGGUUGGAUGGUGUAUUCUUGUAUCUAA